UGACGAUUUGAUAAAUUGAUGCGUGAAAAUUUCGAGAUGAUUUGGUGAAAGGAAUAUCGAGUAUAAAGUUGCAGGGGGAGUUGGAGCGAGAUGCAUGUGCAUGUUUUCCUGGAAUCGAUUGGAUGUGAACGCAGACGCAUAGGCUUGCGCCUUGGGGCUGUGUUUGUGGAGCUCCAGGAAUAAAGUAGUACUGCCAGCAUAUUCGGCGAUGGCAAUUCAGAAGGCUAUCAAACCAGUUGUGCAUUUGAUUAGUAUUAUCACUCGAUUCUGAAUUUUGGAAAAGUCAUUUGUAGUUAUUCAACUCUUUUGUGAGUAGCAGCAAAGUGUUGCGGAAGUGAAGGAGGAUUCACCCUUGGAAUAAUGUAAGGGGGGACGAUUGGUCAAGACGAUUCAAGACGAUGGGUCAAAGCAUUAAGUGUGAAUUGAAUCUCGGUUGCGUAUUAUUUCACCAUCAGCGUGUCAACGACAGCCGAGGGUAUACUGGAUACGUUAAAAUAACGAGUUAACAGUUCCAUGGUCAACGGAAUAUCGGAAUUUACGCUGGAGCAUGGGUACCCGAAGAACAGGAUUCACAAGCCUCGGGGGUGGAUCAUCGAUUUCUCGAGGAAGUGCUGGAGUUCUGAAAGACCGUGCUAACAUGUCAUUCAUGCUCGUUGUCAUGUUCUUCGCGGUAUUCGGUCUCAUUGUGCUGACAGAGAUUUUUCUAAUCGAUGAGAGACGAUCUAACGGAGGUACUGGAGCCCUUGGAGGACACAGGAAUGGUCAUCGCAUGGCAGGACCUCCCGAUCGUCCUGACUACGAGGAAGUUGCGGCUGAGGAUUAUGUUGGAUUAAAGGGGGGAUUUGAUGCACAAGUGGGGCUUCUUAUUCACGGAGAUAGCGGUGCAAAAGUUCCACCAAUUCCUUCAGACCCCAGGGGUUUGUCGAGUUUACCACCGAAUAUGGAACAGCGGCUUCCAACUCUUGACCAGAGCCUCAAAAUGACUCAUGCUGAAUGGCUUCCAGUAACGAACACCAGAUAUAAAUUUUUUGUAUACUCAGCCUACUUCGACGAUCGUAAUGGAGGCAAUCCCACGUCGAAGCAUACCUUGAAAUCUCCAAAGUCACUAGGUUCAAUUCGAAUAAUCGGUGCAACUAAAACUCGGUCACCGGAGCGGGUCUGGUGUCGCCUCUGGUACAGACGACCCCCAAACACCUCAAACAUAACUUUGUCAGUAACAGUAGCCGCAAAAACCAAAGUGAUUCGAGAGAAUUGGAACUUGAAGUACAGUGCGUGCUUCGUGAUUUGUCCUUUACCAAAAGAAGCACCAAUCGGUGCUGACCUGGAAAAGCCUAUUCCCGAGGCUGUAAGCAUUGUUGCGAGACUUAGAGCAUCACCAACUAAUCGAAUACUCGUGCAGAAUCGACCAGAAGACAGACCCACCGACCGUGAACCACUAGGAGUCUGCGUUAAACCACUUCAUUACGACUACAAUAGAGUUCUGCAAUUAGUUGAGUUUAUCGAGCUUCACCGGCUCCUUGGAGCCUCUCACAUAACGUUGUACAAUGACACUGUUGGUAGUGAAGCUGGAUGCGCCCUUCAAUACUAUAAGAGCUUGGGAAUCGUCAAUAUACUACCCUGGCAUCAUCUUGACAUGAUUUCACAGAGGGAAAUUCGGACUGAGAACCUUUUUGCGGCCCUUAAUGACUGCUUGUAUCGAUCCAUGUAUAAAUAUGAAUUCGUGGCGCUUCUGGAUCUUGACGAGUUUGUUAUCCCACGACAUAACGACACAAUUGUGGAUCUUUUAAGCUGGAUGAGCAAUCGAAUAAAUACAAAGACUAGCGGCGCAUUUUCUUUCCAAAAUGCAUUUUUCUAUCUUCAAUGGCCUGACGACCCAUGGGUGACCUCCAGCAAAACACAGCCAGAAGCAGGUCUAAUAACUCUAAGGAAAACUCGAAGAAGAUCAAAACUUCACCCCCACAAACAACGCUCAAAAUAUAUUUGUAAACCACGCGAAGUCGUCGAAGCUGGUAAUCACUUUGUUUGGGAAUUCUUAACUGGUCGUGGUACCCUGAAUGUACCAGCAGAUGCAGCAAUAUUACAUCAUUAUAGAGUCUGUGAAUUUGGUGGGGAUGAUUGCAUCAAAACACCAUCAGUCAUUGACAGAACAGCGUACAAAUAUCGUGAGAAAUUAUCAGAAGUUGUUGAUAAAACGUGGGGGGAAAUUGGGGAGAACUGUAUUUUGCCAGAACUCGAGCCAGUGCCAGUUUUAUCGCCGCUUGUGCCGAGCAGUCCCGAUCAUAUUCCCACGAGGUAGCAGAUACAUUUGAUUUGCAAUUGCAUUUUUCAAACUUCUUUUCUCUUUUCAAAGAGAAGAGAGAAAAAACAUAAUUAUCAUCUGUCACUCUCAUCGUAUUUGCAUCCUUUGUUAUUCACAUUCACAACAAAUCAGUAAACAAAUGCGAUCAAAGAAUUGAACCAACUUGAAAAGAAAAACACGAACGCCUGUUAGAGAUGAACAGAAACCGAAUUUCAUGAUUCACCUGUUUCAUGAACAAAUUAACUUAGUAGUGAAGUGUUACAAAAAAGCAGAUGAGUCCAAAAUAUAUUCGGAGACUAUUUUACCAUGAUAUUGAGGAAAUGAGGUUUUAAAGGAAAUUGGAAAAAUUUUAUGAACUUCGUAACUGUCUUUUAAAAUAGGGCAUUACUAAAAUGAAUGGACUAUUGAGUUAAUUCGUCACUUACAUAAAAAGCUAGUCAUUAUAGCAAAAAAUAUCGAGAGAUCUUCUUUCCGCUAAACAUACUACAAUUUUCAUAGAUACUCGUCUAGAAUUUUGGACACAUCUUCUUCGACUCUUCACUAGAUGAAUCGAAUUUAUUCAUUCAGUUCAUGUCAAACGAGGGAAGUUACUGAGCUGCCCUACUGCAUAAAAGUCUGUGCUAACUUUUUGUAUCGAAAAGAAUACAGUAUCGAGGGCAAUGAUUUUUGAAAAGUUUUUUUGUCUGAGGUCUACAAGUUUCAAUGAAAACUCCUGAAAACGUCCUUUCAAUGGAAUAAAUGCGUUUAUGGAAUCUCUUUGCGAAGAGAUUGGAUCAAGUGGGCCUAAAAAUUGCAGCAUUGCCUCACUGAAUUUUAUUUUAACCAUUAUCGAUGAAGAUUUCAAGUCAACACCAAUGCAUAUCCUUAGGAAAAAAAACGAAUUUGAAAUGGAAAAUUGAAUCUCGUCUUAGUUUAUAGCUGAGUAAAUAUAGACAGAUGAAGUUUUGGUACUGUAAUGAGUAGUAUUAAUCGAUUAAUUUCGAUUGAUUUUCUGAAGGGUUUCUUAUGAAUUAGGAUUGAAAUAAUUUUUUUCACGUGGUUUCUGUACGAAAAUUUAGUGGUACUAAUUAAAUGGUGAAUCAUCGAAUUUUUUUUACUUUAAUUCGGUGAAUAUGGAAAGUCGAGCAAUAGCUUACGAUAUUUCUACUAUCUAAUAGCGCAAGAAUAGAGUAUUGAAUGCGUGAAUAGGGGAAGAUUUGAUAACUCACAAAUUAAACGAUAAGUGUGCAUAUGAUCUCUGAUUUGCUCAAUGAAGAAGGCCGAUAAUGAUAAUUUUUUGAACACUAUUGAGUUAAUUCAGUAGUGAAGGGUAAAAUAAGAUGCCACUGGCAUGAAUUUACAAAUAAUUUUGCCAAUAUCUUCGAAAGGAGGAGGGGGGGGGAGCUGAAGAACUUUUUCUUCUUGAUAAUUUUUUAAACUGGAAAAAAUAUCUCUCGAUAUAUUAUUCCUCUCGAAACGUCAAAAAUGAUCUGUAUAGCAUUGUUGGAUCCUUUUACUAAUGUGCUACAGAGUUAGUUCCUCAUUAAUUUUCCGUUGAUGAUUGAAAAAUGUUGAGUCUUUAGUGGAAGCUCUCAAGAGCUCCUCCAAGUCCGUAAAAAAAUAAAUCGAUGAUUCUUAAAUGAAAAAUAAAAAUUACAAAAAAUGCGAAUUCAAACAUAUAGUUUUUUACUUUGUAAUAAAGGAUUGAAAAAAUAUUAAUAAUAUGAAUCAUUGCAUGGCUUGUAGGACGUUCUUUUCGGUGAAUAAUUUUAUUAUAAUUUAUUAUAGGUAUUAUAAUUUUAUUAUACUAUUACUGUAAAUUAUU